AUUACGUGACCGUGUUCCCCGCAGCCCGUCCUCAACAAUCCCAUUGGUUAUUCUCCUUGAUUAUUCUGUGUCCAUUAUUAAAACAAUUAUUAUUUACAAAAGAUGAAGCGAUAGGAAUUAUUGUCUGCAAAAUGAUAUACUUUGGAAGAUUUAUAUUUCUUAUGCGCUCGGAAAACUUAUUGUGCACAAGAAAUUGCUUAUUAAAUUUGUACCAAAAUGCCUCAAAAAGUGCAUUAAGACAGUUAAAAGAUACAAUCUUGCCACCAAAACCGAAGAAGCCAGAAGCUCCGUUUCUUCUAUAUGUGAAACAUGUUAAACUCAGAUUUCUUGAAGAAACACCUGAUAUGAAAUAUACACAGAUAUUGAAGAGAGCAUCCAAGGAAUGGGCAGAAUUAGAUUCUACUAAAAAGGAAUAUUUUAUAAACCAAUAUCAUACAAGUCGUGAAGUAUAUGCGAAUAAAUUAAAAGAAUAUUAUAAUUCUAUUACCGACGAACAAAGACAAGUAUGGCAAGAAAAGAAAAGAGAAUAUGUACGAAAUAAUAGUGAAAUAGAUAAUAAACGGAAAUAUGAAAUGCUUGGAAAACCAAAGAAACCACCAAAUGCAUAUUUUUGUUAUUUAGCAUCAAAGAGAGGUGAUAGAAAUCCAAAUAUAACUAAUAAGGAGUGGAUAAAAUUGUUGACCACAAAUUGGAAAGAAUUAUCAGAUGCAGAGAAGCAAUCAUAUAUCACUGAAGCUACUCAACUUCAGACGCAAUACUAUAAGAAUUUAGAAAAGUGGGAGAUGGAAAUGAUAAAUUAUGGUCAUUCUGAUGUUGUGAGACCUAAAAUUUUAACGAAAUAUAAGGAUGCUAAAGUUGAAAAAGAUGAAUAAAAAUUAAAGUGCUCUAUUCUA